AUGACGGAGGAAUUUCAUCUUAGAAAUUGUAUGCUUUAUGAAUAUAUGCGCGGAACAAAUGUUUUGGAUGCUACAAAAAACAUUAAAAAGGCGCUUGGUGAAUAUGCUGUUGAUUAUUACCGAUGUGAAAAAUGGUUUAACAAAUUUCGUAAAGGAUUCCGUUCAUUAAAAGAUGAUAGUGAUGAUGAGGAAGAAAUUAUAACUUCCCUUAAAAUUAAAUAUAUUUCAACAAUCCAGACUGAGCAGGCUAAAGCAUUUUAUUGCAGUAUGCAAAAUUAUGAGGAUAUAAUUGGAUCCUAUUCUUAUUAUCUUCAGAGAUAUAAAAUAGCCGACUAUCUUUUAGAGACCAGUAAACACAACAAACUUUUCCGAGAAAUUGUGAUAUUAGAUGAACUUUGUGUGUCUUAUGUGACUCUGCAUUAUACAAACAUAAAUGUAAGUGAAGUCGAAAAAUCAAAUGGGAAAAUUUACACAAAACUGCACAAUGUGAAGAUAUCUUUUUGGUGGAAUUUCAGAGGCUUCCUUCACUUGGAACUAUUACCAAAAAAUAAAAUUUUAACCGAUGAAUUUUAUUGCAAACAAUUUGAUAAACUUCAUGAAAUUUUACUGUUAAAAGAACCCGGACCGGUUCUCAGUAAAUAUGUAAUACUUCAGCAUGACAUUGAUCAGCUAUAUUCAACAAAAAUACUUAAAAAAAUGAGCGAAUUGGGAUAUAAAAUUCUUCCUCAGCCUUACAAGUCUCCUGACUUUAGCUGUUCUAACUGUUUGGUGCUCUCUAGUUUAAAGAAACAAUUCGAAGGAAAAUUUUUUGCCAAUGAAGAAUUAUUAAUACAAGCUAUUACAAAAUUUUUGGGUUAUCAAACUGAAACAUUUUAUUCUCAAGGAAUUACUCAUCUAAUACAAAUAUGGAAGAAUGUAUAUACUGAUUUUGUAAAGUGUAUUACUAAAUAA